CCACGGUAUCAUACGCCAGUAAGCCGUCUCGCCGUCGACAGCAAACAGUCCGAGUCAGCAGCACCAGCUCCGGCGCACACGUUGUGCCAAAGUAAGCAGCAGUGUGGUCGAUCUGUGUUUUUUUCGGUUAAGAAACGCGCGCGGACUUGCUUCAAAGUCAUAAAGUGUCAAGACAAGGCUUUAGUUCGAUAGAGAAAGUCCUGCAGCACGAAGCGACGCAACAAAAUAGUGUACAAAACAGUUGUAGCGUUGAACCGUUUGCACCGAUCCUGGAAUCAACCAGCCUGCAGGAGUAGUGCCAGCAACACAGCCAUACCACCGUGCAGCAGCAAACACGUGAAAACCGCAGCGCCUCGGCCUUCCGUAAAUGAGUACGGCCGGAAAAUGGGGCUCGCAAACAAUCUGACUCUGAUCAUCCGAAUAUGGCUGGCUGUAAUUAUCUUCCAGUACGGUCACAGCGAGAAUGUCGAGCCGAGGGCACUAGAAUUAUCAGUACCAUGGCGACCGAUACCGUAUCAUGUGCCCCAGCAGCAGCAGCAGCAACAACCGCAACAAUCGCAGCAACUGAUCAGCGUUGCCAGCUUCGACACGACGAGCAAGGACGAACUGGUUCAUAUCGCACAGCACAAUGCGCAGAUCCUGAAGCAGUUCAACCAACCGAUCGCCCAGUACAGUCAGCACGCGCAGGGUGGCAUGAAGGUGCAGAUCACAACGCACCAGCAGGCACCCGGGCCAAGCCCCGCGGCUACCGUACAGCAGCAGCAGCAGCAGCAGCAACAUCACCAACAACAGCACCAUCAUCAUCACCAUCAUCAUCAACCGCAAGGAGCCGUUCCUUCCUUUGGGCACACGCCAGCUGGGCCACCUAAGUACAUGACGACGCCGCUGCUGCAAACGAUCUACCCGGCGGCACCGCACAAGCAACAGCAACAGUCCCCGGUGCAGUCGAAACCGUUCGUCAAGUCAGACCAGAUCACCACGCUCAACAUGGUGCACAGCUCGACGCCGAAGAUCACCGCCGCCAUCUCCACGCAUGGUGCCGUUGGUGUCAAGUCUGGCAAGUUCAAUGGACAGUUCAGGGACGUUCAACCCUCGAUCGUUCAAAAGUCGACGCUCAAGCCGCACCCGGUCAUGAACAAACUCCAAUCCCAUCUGGGCAUUACCGGCUUCCGGCAGAAGCAGCAGAUCGCCACUAGCUCGAACCGGCUGGAGCAUUUCAUCAAUCCGAACCAGCUCUACGGUACCUACAUCCAGUUCGGCCAGUCACCUGCCCUCAGCCCAGCCGCACUGGCACCGUCCAAAACGAAGUUCUUCGGCCAGCUGGGCUCGGGAGUUCCGUCUUUCGAUACGCAAACACUCAAAAGCUUCUUCAAUGCACCUGGCUACACCCCGACUGUGGGACAGUUCAAAAAGCUAAACUUUAUCCAACAGCAACAGCAGCAACUUCAGCCUAGUACCAGUGCAAAGUUCUCCUUCCCGCACUUCAACCAAAUCCCAGCGGAUUUGGCCGAAUUCCCGAAGAAGUACGUCACACCGUCGUCCGCCGAAAAGGAGCUUACCAAGACGGGAUCGGGAGGACUUGAUUCAACUCCGCUCUUUCCCCAUCUUCCACCGAGCGUACUGACGCCCUUCUUCCAGCAAGUUCAGCAGCAACAGCAACAGCAACAUCACAGCUCAUCGUCAUCCUCCGGCUUCAUCUCCGGCAACAAGUACAACAACUUCAACCUGAAAACGCAACAUCCAGCUCCUCCAGUUUCGUCGAGUUCUUCCAGCGGAUCUUCCACGAAGCAUAGCUUCUCGCAGGGACCGUUCCAAUCGGAGCGCGAAUCGUUCGGCAACUUCGGAAGUCAAGUGUUUGGUGGAGGAGCGUUCAACACCUACAGCACUCAGCAACCGCUACCGAUCGAGCACAAACCGUACGAGAUUGUUAAGUUUAAGGAAUCUCCCGGAAAACAGCUCUCGGUCCAGUUCAACGAAAUACAGGACGAGUACAGCAAGAAUCUGGUCCCACCGCCUCCGAGCACACAGCAGGCAUUCUUACCUACGGUGCUGAACCAUCUCGCCGACUCAUCGCCGAGCAAGGAUCCGAUCGAGAUUCUGAACAAAUACAACAUCAACCCUCACUCGCCGCUCCAGGACGCCAACCGGUUCAGCUACGAUUUCCCGCGACCAACGCCGGCAUCACAAGCGGUACCCACCAGUGGGCCAGCACCGACGACCGUCAGCACGACUACCACCACGACUACCCAAUUCCCGACGGCGACGACCCUGCCGAGGCAGCAGUACUACCAGCACCACUACAACCAGUUCCAGUUCCCCGGAGAGCAGAGCUUCCACAACCAUCAAUCUUCCUCCCCCGUCCUGGUAACACCGCUGAACGAGCUAAGCGAUAACGGUUGGCUGUCCCGGGAGAAGUAUCUCACGACGGAGAAACCCAACGUCUUCAAGAACCUCUUCCGCCCGGUCGGGAACGAGUACAAGCAGCACAAGCUGAUGCAUCCGGCCUACACCGGACUGCCACCGAACCGACGUCCCUCGGCCGCUCCCUCCUCGACCACGACGUCUACCUCGGCUAGCGCUGGGCCCACCACAAACUCCCCGUGGGAUCAAUCGACGGAAGAACCGAUCAUAACGCACAGCUUCUUCACGAUCGAGGACGCGAUCGCUGAUCCGACGCUGAUCCCGCCCAAGUCCAAGAACAAGUACAAGUACACGACCGAUGCGGAGGAGGAGAAUCGCCAGGAAGAUCUGCAGCUGGAGAUUGUAACCAUUGGACCGUUCUUCGGAUCGGAAGAGUCGCCCAUUCAGCAGGUUGUGACGACCCCAGCUCCAAACCGAGCGCAGCAGCAGCACACAGCUUCUAAGGGAGGCAAUGGGCAGCAUCGCCGCAGACGUCCGAAGCCGCACCAUCAGAGCAGCACGACGACGGAGUACACCACCGAGCAGGAUUCAACCGAAUCGACUACUAACGCCAUCAGCCCAAGCAUCAAUGCGGUCGAUGCGAACCGUAACAACCGUAACCGAAUUCGUUUCCGUCCAAAGCCCAUCACCACCGCAACGCCACCGAUCGCAGCAAUUGUGGAGACGGAGCCGGCAACUACCAUUCUACCGACGCCACCACCACUGCCCACAUUUGCCGUGUCCAGUGAAGAGUUUGAUGGUGCGGUGAUAAAGAAAUUCCGCAAGAAGCCACACUUUACCAGAAAUCGCUUCAAUGUGCUGAGCCAGCGGGAAGAGGAGAAAAACGCCAUCCUGCUCGACCAAACGGAACCCUCGCUGGCAACACCGACCUUAACGACGAUUUCUUCCACCAGCACAACGACGGCAGCCGUCGUCAGUACGCCGGCGGAAGCUGCACCGUCCAUUUCCCCGAUUGGUGGAGGUUUCCGCUCACGCUACCGACCAGCUCCAAAGGGUAAGGAUUCUCAGGAAGACACGCAACCGAUCGCUGCCGAGGGUUCGAAACAGAACUCACGACUACCGAGUCGACUUCCACCGACGGCAUCUUCGUCCACCGUUGCCACACUGGCCGACUCGGCAGCUGUGUUCAAUUCGGACGAGUCAAGCAUCAACUCUUCCGAACCACAGAACCGCACCCGGGGAGGCGAACACAACCGCCCACGGUUUAGCAUCAAGGAGUAUCGGAACAAACUGAACCGCACGGUUGCAAGCACCGCUGGACCGACGAGCACACUGGCACCUUCCUCUGUUGGUGGUGAGGUGGAAACGACAACGGCACCAAAGUUGCGGUUCCCUACGCGCAACCGUUUCCUGGUGAAUGCACGCCUCAACAAGACGGUAGAAUCGAACGACAUCCUUCCAACCGGUACCGGUGCUGUGACGACGGAGAAGUCUGCCAAUGAAACAACGACCAGAAGCUCGUUUAGACCACAUGGAACGCGCACGUACAAUCGGUUCACGGUGAAGAAACCUUCCACCGAGACACCGCAAACGUCCACGAGCUCGGGCACGACACGUGCCCAAGGAGCGAAUGGUGCUAAUCUAGCGAACCGUGGACGUACCAAGACGGCAUACGAUCAAGCCGUCGCAGCCAAUCGUACCCUGAACGGCACGUACAACACAACAGCUUCGCUCAUCAACCGUCGCCCACCGAAGAUCACCUUAAGGCAGCGUAUUCAAAACUACAAUCGCAAAAAGGAGAUGGAACAGACGAACACAGCAACAGGGAGUGCCAAUGUGGACGAACCGUUUAAGCGCGAUGAGGUAGCCGACAUUCCCUCACUAGACCAGAACAGUGUGCUGGCGGCGUCCGGCGAGCAGAGCCGUCCGAUCGAUGAUCUCGGCACGCUGGGCGAUCGGUUCGAUGCGUCCAACGGUGGAGCGGACAACGAGGUGACGACGCGUGCCAGUACGACGGAAAGCUACCGGCAUCACGAGACGGCGAUCAUGAAGAUAUCGCCCAAAGAUACGAACAGUGCCACAGCCACCAACGGUGACGAUUACGACCUGAACAGUGCCUCGUCCGACUACUCGAAGCGCGUCGUCGAGCUGACCCUGUCCGGGACGGGCAGCAAGGACCGGGGUAACUUCAAGUCCGUCAACAAGGGCCUGCUGUCGCGCAAGGUGCCCGGCUACUUCACGCUCGCCACCGAGGAUCCCAUCCUGCCGAUCGAAGCGUUCUUUCCGCAGGUGAAAAAACCUAACGGACUGCUUGCGUGAUAGGGGACAAAGGAUUGCGAUUGCGCAAAUGGAGUAACCUAAACACGUGUUACGCGACGGGAUUUUCUCCGUCGCGAAACCUCAUAGCAAGGGAGAGCGAACGAUGAUUCGUUGUUUUCUCUUUGUAUUCUGCAUGCGUUGGGAUGUGUUUGCUUUUUGUAAAGGUGUGUGCGUGUGUGUUACAGGUAACGGAAAACACCCAUGUAGUAUUUAACAUGCAAGUAUUUAACGUGUUUUUGCAACCAGCAAACUGGGGACCAUCACCGCUGCAACCACCACUCAGAUGGGAUGCGGUGGCGGCACGCGCACAUUUGGGGCGUUUUUGCGUGCGUACAUUUUAUGCUACCCAAAGGUCCUUGCAAGUACGGGAAUUGAGAAAAGGGUGCGGGAGAGCGAAACGACCUACGAUACACGUACGCUCCCU